AUGAAUGACUUGAUUGAGGAGCUGAAUGGGACUGCGGUGGGGCUUAGGCUUGGAGACAGGUAUGUCAACAACCUGAGCUAUGCUGACGAUAUGGUCCUACUCAGCCCCUCAAUUAAAGGUAUAAGGAAACUGAUGACAAUUUGUGAGAGAUACGCUAGAGAACAUAACUUGGUGUAUAAUGCAAGGAAGACAGAACUGUUAGUAUUUAGGGCAGGAAAAGGUCCACAAAACGUCCCACCAGUAUGGAUAGGAGGUCAGCGAGUCAAAGUAGUAGAGAGGUUUAAGUACCUUGGCCAUGUACUGACGUCAGACUUCAAAGACGAUGCCGACAUAGAUAGGCAACGCAGAGCGCUGUCAGUAGUGGGCAAUAUGAUAGCCAGGAGAUUUUUUAAAGCUGACACUCAGACGAAGGUACAUCUAUUUAGGACAUAUUGUCAGAGUUUUUACACGUGCCAACUCUGGACGCGCUACACGAAGAGGUCUCUGGAUGGUAUUCGUGUCCAGUACAAUAACAUCUUUAGGCAGCUAAUGGGGCUGGAGCCGCACUGUAGUGCGUCAACUAUGUUUGCAGAAGCUAGGCUGGAUACGUUUAAUGCCAUCCAGAGAAAACGAAUCGCCGGAUUCAUGUCAAGGGUUGGUUCGUGUACAAACAGUAUUAUCAAAGACUUUUCUGAAAGACUGUAUACUACCACAAUGUACAAAAAAUGGUUACAGAUUGCAGCGUAA